AGCCUCCCGCCUCUACUUCUCGUCCCGCUCACCGUUUCCAAUUCCAGCGCAGCAGAUUUCACGGCUACUUCCCGGCAAACCAAGUUCCCCGCCGGAGAUAUAAAACGAAAACCAGUCACAGGAAUCAAAGGAAUGGAGAAUGGCCUGAUCUCCGUGGACCGUUGGACGGCGGGAAGCCAGGUGUACUUCCUGACGCACCUCCACUCCGACCACACCCAGGGUUUGACCUCCGGCUGGGCUCGAGGCCCGCUCUUCUGCUCCCGCCUCACCGCCAAGCUCUUCCCCACUAGGUUCCCGGACUUCGACCUCACUCUGCUUCGCGUCGUUGAUAUUGGCGUAUGGAAUUCAGUUCCUCUCGUCUCCCCUUCAUCUGGAUCUCGGACAGUUGCUCGAGUAAUGGCAAUCGAUGCUCACCAUUGUCCAGGAGCUGUUAUGUUCUUAUUUCGUGGCGAUUUCGGCUGCCUGCUUUACACUGGCGAUUUCCGCUGGGAGACAACCGGGGAGAGGGCAAAGAUGGGGAGAGCCAUGCUUGUCAAUGCUCUCAAUGGCAGAACAGUCGACAACCUUCACUUGGAUAACACAUACUGCAACCCGUCUUACGACUUCCCGCCCCGUGAAGUUGCUGCUCAGGAGAUUGUCAAUCUCAUUGCCUCCCAUCCUAAACAUGAUGUUGUCAUUGGGAUAGACUCCUUGGGGAAAGAAGAUCUCUUGCUCCAUAUUGCACUUUCUCUCGGCAUCAAGAUUUGGGUAUGGCCAGAGCGUUUGCAGACCAUGCAUAUCCUAGGGUUUCACGACACCUUCACAACCAAGACAUCGCUAACAAGGGUUCGAGCUGUCCCUCGUUACAGUUUCAGCAUUGAGACAUUAGAAGCCCUCAAUGCAACGCGGCCAACCAUAGGGAUCAUGCCAUCCGGUCUCCCAUGGGUGGUUAGGCCUGUCAAAGGAGAUGCCAAUCUCUCCGGUUCUCACUUGACCGCUCGUUACAAGAAAAGGCAGCCUAGUGGGAGUUCCACUGGUGUGGAAAAACUCCAUCAGUACAUGUAUUCAGUUCUGUAUUCUGAUCACUCGUGCUUUAGUGAGAUACAGGAGUUCAUGGAGCUAGUCCAGCCGACUAUUGUGAAAGGGAUUGUGUGUUCGUCGGCUUGUUACGUGGAGCCACUCUACUUCUUCGGCCGUCUCUGUGGAGUGUUUUCUGUGGAUAGCCAUGUCCAAACGAAGAGAAGAAGUGAACGGGCAGCUGAUGUGGAAAUUAAUAAAUCUGCCGCGGAAAGUGGGGUGGAAGCAGUAAGGAAGAAAAUGAGAUCAAGGGCAUAUUAUGCAGCAGGAGGAGUUAAGGUGAGCAGGACCAGUGUGCUGAGACGGGUAAGCCGGGGUGCCAAAAUCAUGGACAAUGACUCUGCUGACUGAGAACUGGUCACAGUGAAUGAAAUUCGUAUGAAUCGUGAUAGCGGGUUUACUACGUUUGGCUGGAAAUAUUUACGGACUGACGACUUGGGCGAACUCUGGUGAGAAUAGGAGGCACAAGGCCAAAGAAGACAGAAAACAGGGGGAGCAGCGAACGAUCAGAUGGAGGUAGUAGAGGUAUCGAUCACAAUAUUUAUAGGAUACGUGACCCCUCUUUGGUCGUCCUGUAAGAUGGGAAAGAGCUCUUGUGGGGGAUCUUCUAGUUCGUACAUAUCGUAGGGAUAGACGAGACUGUGCUUCGAGAGCCAGUCCGCGACUCUAUUCCCUUCCCGAUAUGUAUGGACCAGAUUCACCACUCAGUCUAAAGAAAUCUUCCUCCUAAUAGCCGAGAGGAGCGCUGCGUACGGGUGCAGAGGAUCACUCCUGUUCUUCACUAGUUGGAUGGCCAUUUGAGAGUCAGACUCGAUGAUGAGGGUUCUAUAACCAAGCUUCCAACCCAAAUUCAAACCAUGAUAAAUAGCCCAGAGUUCCGCUGCAGUUGCUGAGCAAGAACCGAGGCUUGAAACGAAACCACCUGCCCAGCUGCCAUGAAGAGAGCGGACAACUCCUCCUGCCCCGGCCAUCCCCUGCGAGCCAUUAGCUGCCCCAUCAACGUUGAUCUUCGUCCACCCUGCAGGUGGAGGCUUCCACCCAAUCUCCAUAAUGGCACGGUUUGGGGGCUGGUUCAUUCUACCGCCGACAGAAGAAGGAGCAUUCCACGCCCGGAACCACAAU